AGCUGUUUGAGGGAAUCUAAUCUAUUCGUUUCGUUGUCUGAUUCACGAAUUAAUUGUAAGAAAAACUGUUGAAGGUAUAACAACUUAUUACCUUAUAUGGAGAUGAAUCAAGUAACGAUAUUGGACUUAAAUGACUAUUGUCUUGGUCGCGUAUUAAAAUAUCUUCAAAUCGAAGAUCAUGUAAAUUUUGCAGAAACCUGCAUGCGAUUUCGCGACGUCUUAAGAGAUUGGUCCUGUGUGCUCUAUCCGGAGUUUAGGAUUGAAGAUGAUACGAAUUUCAAAUGGAAAUUAAAAUUGUUUUUUAUAAUUUGUGACGUGAUUAAAAAUCUAUAUCUGACUAUUGACCCAAAUAAAAUGGAAUUUCCCGAGCCAGACUUAUUUUACAAUCACAUUAAAACCAUGAAAAAUUUGGAGUUCUUUGCAUAUAAAAAUGAAGAAUUUCCCACUUUGAAACGAUUUAAAGUAGCCAAUAAUGAGAAAGACCUAAUGGUAAAUGAAACAUUUAGUGCUCUCGAGCAUUUGCCCAAACUAAAAAGUGUUAGUGUGAGAUGCGCAAGCAGAUUCAAAGCGUGCAACAUGAUGCCACUGAAAGGCCUGCAAGCGAUUUCGAUAAAUGAUGAAAUCGCAUCAGAGGAUCUAGUUGACAUUUGCCAAUCGAAUGUGAACUUGCGUGUGUUAUGGUUACGAGUGGUUGUCGGAGAACUGAGCGACAUCGUACCUUACUGUCCGAAGUUGGAGGAAAUUUCUUUCCCUAUGCUUAGCAGCCAUAAAUCCUAUGUUGGCCUUGCAGAGCUACCCAACAUAAAAAAAAUCGUUAUUAAAAGUACAAGCUCGCCUUCGCCAUGCGAAAAGCUUUUAGAACUUUUCACCGCACUUGUUGAUAAGAAACAAGGACCUCAAUUACAGAGCUUAAUGGUGUUGUCCAGUUUGAACUUUAAGGAAACAAAUAAACUGAUUGAAUUAAAAUCUUUGCGAGAAUUGCGCUGUGGAUUCAAAGAUGCAAGUUGCAUUGAUCUCUUGACGAACCUAACUGAACUUGAAGGUCUUUACAUAAUGCUGGGGCGAUCAGCCGCUGGCUCCAAGGAAUGCCUGAAUAUACUUAAGUCUUGCAAAAAACUUCAACGUCUGCAUAUAAACUCUAAUUUAUCAACGGAGUUUCUGGAUAAGGCAGUGGAAGUAUUAAGAAAGGUGCGCAAUACCGAAACGCAAAAGCCCUUGCAAUUGUAUUCAACAGGACUCAUGCAUUUGUGCAACGAAGGAGAGAAACUGGUUGAUAAUGCCUACUGUACUGUAGUGAAUUGGUCCGAAUAUCUGCGCGCAAUGCCUUGGCGACUUUCGAACUAAGAUGGUCAACAGAUAAUGUAAAAAGUACUUUAAUACAAACUAAAAUAAUAAUUUAUAUUAAUAACAAUUAAUUAAAUAAUAAAAAUAAGAGUCGAUAGAAUACGAGGCUUAGUUGACUGCUCUAGUGUCACUGGGGAAAGACAGACGCAAAUCAUAUUCCAUUAUUUAUUUCUAAUCAGCAAAAUGAAUUCAAUUAGUCAUUUAUUAGUAAGUCUCAAAAAGCUUAUAACAAUAUAAUAUGGUGACGAAUCAAAUGAAUAUGUUGAAUUUAAGUGUCGAUUGUCUUUAUUGCAAUAUCUUAAAACAAAAGAUCAUGUAAACUUUACACUUAUUAAUUGACUUGAAAUCUUGGCAAGAACUGGCUCCAAGGAAUGCCAAUACAAACUCUUAAUUAUCAACGGAGCUUAUGAAUAGGGACUAACUUAUUAAAAAGCUUAUUAAAAUAUGUUAUUAUAAUAUGUUCAUAAUGUCAAAAAGUCACUUAAUGCAGAUUUUUACUUAAGUUGGAAGUGAAAUUCACGAAACAAAUAAUCGACCACAAAUGUGUAUAAAAAUUAAACUUAUUUUGCAAAGCACAUGAGCACAUACAUAUAUUAAAAUUAACAUAAUUUAUAAUUGCAUCACUUGUAAAACCGCCUUGAAUAUAUUGCAGCGGUAGUAUGAAUCAUUGGCAAGUGAAUUACCAGCAAUUCUCUCGAAAUUAAUCUACACUAUACAAUGUAACACUAAAAAUAAGAACAGGCAGAAUCCAAGAGGUAAUUGGACGUGAUAUCAUGGGAAUUCAUCUUGGUGCUGAAAGUGCCAGAUAACAUUGAAUUAAACUAAUAAACCAACAAUCAAGUGUCA